AUGUUUCAUCUUCAAUUAUUUCAUGAAGAGAAGCCAUUUGGAUUUUUUAAUAUCAAUAAUUAUUGUGUUAUGUUGGUGAGAAAUCAAUAUAAAAUAUUAUCACACAACAAAGUGGGAGAAGAUACUGAUUAUAAAGAAUUCCGUGCUCAUUCCAUUAUCCUUCGUAGUCGCUCUCCGUAUUUUCAAAAAUUAUUUUCUUCUAAUGAAAUUAAAGACGAAAAUAACAUAUCUACUUUCAAAUUUCCAAACAUUAAUCAAACCGUUUUCCAAACGAUUCUUACUUACAUUUAUACUGGAAGUGUCGAUUUGACCUAUAAACAAGGAGACGAAAUAUUUCAUAUUUUGUAUGCUUCUUAUGAGUUUUCUUUGGAUACACUUACUAAAUUUAUCGAAAAUUAUUUUAUUGAAAAUCAUUCAAAAUAUUUAAGAAAAUAUCCCGUAGAAAUUCUUCAAAGUAUUUUAAAUACGAAUUAUACUUUUGAUGAAUUGCAGGAAUUAUGUUUAGAUACAAUUUGUUAUGAACCUAAACUUUUAUUUCACGCUAAUAAUUUCGCAAGACUUCCCGCUCCUUUAUUGGAAAUUAUUCUCAAACGAGAUGAUCUUAACUUAGUUGAAAUUGAAAUUUGGGAAAGUUUGAUUAAAUGGGGUGUCGCACAAGUUUCAAGACAAUUAAGUGAUAAUCCUAACGAAUGGACUAAAGUAGAUUUUACUGAAUUAGAAAGAAAUAUUCAUAAUCUUAUUCCUUUAAUCAGAUUUUACGAGAUUUCUUCUAAAGAUCAUUUCAAAAAAAUAGGACCUUAUGAAGAAAUUUUACCUAAAGAACUGAAGCAAGAUAUUCUUCAGUUUCACAUGGUGCCAGAAUAUACAUCUAUGCUCAAAUCAUCGCCAAGGGUUCCAAAGAAUAUGAACUUUGAUCCUAUAAUACUUAAUAGAAAACAAUUUAUUAAUCUUGCAAAUUUGAUGGAUGACAAGGAUGAUGAAUCAGCAUAUAUUAACAACAUUCCAUAUAAUUUUAAACUGGAUCAUCAAUUAAUAAAAUGCCAUUUAAGUACUUGUAUAUUAUUUUUGAAUUAUAAAUUUAGAUUUAAUAAAAAUAGUUCUUUCGUAAUAGUAUUUUGUUUUCGUAAUAGUAAUUGGUACUACGAUAGUGGAUAUUAUACAGUAGGAGGUUAUAUUUAUAAUAGUAAAUAUUGUAGAGGAGGUUAUUUUUAUUGUAUAACUGAUUGGGAGAAUAUUGUAACUGAAAAUAUCAGUUUUAAUUUUAACUUUUUACGUCAUGGGAAAGGAUCAUUUGAAAUAUUCCGCGUUGAAAAAGUAGUUAUUACUAAUACGUUAAAAACCAAAGAUAAUAAAAUAGAUAAAGACGAAAUAGAUGAAGAUGUAGAUUAUAAAAUAGAUAAAAACGUAGAUUGUAAAAAUGAGGUAUCCCUUAUUCGCAGAGUGACCACUAAAAUUUUUGGCGGGAAUAAAUCACGAAAUUCUAAAGAAACCCCAGAAACCACAUAUGAUUAUUAA